AGUCUUAGUGAGACGAACGCUCGUCCGUACGUCAUCCAGAUGAGGAACGCCGGCAGCAUGCAGCCGAUGAUCAGAAGAGAUGCCGGAGUCUGGACCCAAACACGGAGCCUCCUGUACAAGAACCUGCUCAUCAAAUGGAGAACCAAGCAGCAGAGCCUCCAGGAGCUGAUCCUCCCUCUGCUGCUCCUGGCUCUCCUGAUCCUCAUCAGCACCUUGAAUCCCCACGUUUAUUAUGGGGGCAUCAGCACGGUGGAGCUGGACAGCGACGUCCACCUCCAGAACAUCAAGGGUCUGGGCUACACCCCCAUCACAAACGUCACCACUCACAUCAUGGAGGAGGUGGCCCGGGAGAUCAACAUGCUGGACCAUCUGGACAUGUUUUCCAGCGAGGAGGAGCUGGAGAACGCCAGCCUGUACGAGCCCUCCAGCUACGUGGGCGUGGUGUUCAUGGACGGCUCUGCCACGUCGUACAAACUGCGCUUUCCCUACAACAAGCUGCCCCUGCCCAGCGAUUACACCGAGUCCAUCGCCAGCUGUUACAGCAGCUUGGUGAACUGCAGAGCUGCCAACUACUGGUUAUCUGGCUUCACCCGCCUCCAGUCUCUGAUCGACGUAGCCAUCAUCCAGAUGCAGACCAGACGCUUGGUGUGGAGCGAGCUGAACCUGAAUGUGGUGAUGAUGGGCCAGCCGGGCUCCGUGGAGGUGCACAAGUUCCCCCAUGCGCUCAUCUCCAUCUACCUGGUCCUGGCGUUCACGCCCUUUGUCACCUUUCUCAUCGUCAACGUGGCAGCCGAGAAGGAGCACCGUCUCAAAGACACCAUGACCAUGAUGGGGCUCUACGACACGGCCUUCUGGUUGUCCUGGGGGCUUCUGUACGCCGCUCUGGUGACCGCCAUGUCCUUCCUGAUGGCCAUCAUCGCCACGCUCACAGCUCUGUUCCCCAACAGUGACUUCUUCGUCAUCUUUGUCCUCAUCUUCCUCUACGGGAUCUCAUCUAUCUUUUUCUCCUUCAUGUUGACCCCGCUGUUUAAGAAGCCCAAGUUUGCGAGCACCGUGGGCUCCAUGCUCACGGUUGUGUUCGGCUGCAUGUCGCUCUUCACCGUGCUGAUGAAGGACUUCCCACAGCCGCUGGUCUGGCUCCUCUGCCUGCUCUCCCCCAGCGCCUUCUCCAUCGGGAUCGCACAGGUGGUUUACCUGGAGGCCCAGGGAGACGGUGCUGUGUUCUCCUCUUUGACCAACGGUCCUCAUCCUCUGUACGUCCCUCUGCUCAUGCUGUUCCUGGACUGCGUUCUCUACCUUCUGCUGGCUAUCUACCUGGACCAGGUGCUCCCAGGGGACUUUGGACUGAGGAGGUCCCUGGUCUACUUCCUGAAGCCGUCCUAUUGGUCCAAACACAGGAAGCGUUACGUGGAAGUGAGCUCAGCUUAUGAUGCUGAAGUGAACGGCGGUCCUGGUGGAGAAGAAUAUGUCGAACCCGUUUCCCCCGAGUUCAGAGGGAGAGAAGCCAUCCGCAUCAGCAACAUCCGGAAAGUCUACAAGGACAAGGACAACAUGGUGGAAGCUCUGAGGGGCCUGACCUUCGACAUCUACGAGGGUCAGAUCACGGCGCUGCUGGGACACAGCGGCGCUGGAAAGUCCACUCUCAUGAACAUUCUGUGUGGCAUCUGUCCACCCACCAGCGGCUCGGCCACCAUCUACGGCUCUCCUGUGGCCGAGAUCGCAGAGGGGUCUGAGAUGAAGCAGCUGGUGGGGAUCUGCCCUCAGUUCAACAUCAUCUUCGAUGUUCUCACCGUGGAGGAGCACCUGAGGAUCUUUGCAGCCAUCAAAGGGAUCUCACACGCAGACAUUGAUGCUGAGGUCUCCAAGGUUCUGAAGGAUCUGGACCUGGAGAAGAUCAUGACGGCUCAGGCCAAGAACCUGAGCGGAGGCCAGAAGAGGAAACUGUCUGUGGGCAUCGCCAUCCUCGGAGACCCAAAGAUUCUGCUCCUGGACGAGCCCACAGCAGGGAUGGACCCCUGCUCCAGACAUCAGGUCUGGUCUCUGCUGAAGAGCCGGCAGCCUGGACGAGUGAUUGUCCUCAGCACCCACUACAUGGACGAGGCGGACAUCCUGGCAGAUCGUAAAGCUGUGAUCUCUCAGGGGCAGCUCAAGUGCCUCGGCUCUUCUCUUUACCUGAAGAUCAAGUGUGGCGUUGGAUAUCAUCUCCGGAUGUCGAUCGCCGAGGGCUGCGACGCAGAGAAGGUCUCGUCUCUGAUCCAGCUGCACGUCCCCAAAGCCGAGCUGUCCCGACGGCACGAGGCCGAGCUGACCUUCACGCUGCCUUUGGAGAGCGUGGACACGUUUCCAGACUUGUUUACGGAGCUCGACUCACAGCCGAGGCUGGGGAUAAUCAAUUAUGGCGUUUCCAUGACGACGCUGGAGGACGUGUUCCUUCGUUUGGAGGCAGAAGCUGAAGUGGAUCAGGCAGACUACAGCGUGUUUCACCGGGAGCAGGCGGACGACGAAUGUGACGCCGCCUCUCUGGAUGAAACGGACCAGCGCCUGCUCACCUUCUCGGACAACAAGUCCGACGUGGUGUCGGGUCACGCUCUGUGGCGGCAGCAGUUCAGCACCGUGGCGUGGCUGCACAUGCUCAACAUGCGCCGCGAGUGGAAGGCCUUCGUUUAUACCCUGGUCUUGUUCCUGCUGUUCGUCGCUGCGGUCCUCGUCGUCUCUCUGGCCACAGGGAACAUCCAGAUUCACUCUCCAGAACGUCAGUUCCUGCCGGUCUACCUCCUGAAGAAGAACCAGGCCGCCCACAGAUACACCUCCGCCCUGCUGGUUCAGAACACGUCAGACUCGGACAUCUCUGACUUCAUCAACAACCUGGAAUCCCAGGAUAUCAAGGUGGAGCUGAUGAAGCACAGAGACUACAUGUCUGAAGCUCCUCACAGCGCUGCCAUCAACGUCACCGGGUCCAACAAGGGUUUCAGAUACGUCGUGGCCUUCAACAGCACCAACGUUCACUCUCUACCCAUGGUCGUGAACAUCCUGAGCAACGCUCUCCUCAGAGGUCUCAAUGGUUCUGGGCAGAUCCGAACCUGGACCAAACCCUUUGAAUAUCAAAUCCCAGACGCGACGUCCUACGCGCUGGUGUACAUCGAGGCCAUCAUGCUGGGGAUGCUGGCUGCUGGGAUGCCGGCUUACUUUGCCAUGGAUCACACCCGGGACCGAGAGAUCAAGUGUCGCUCCACGCUGCGUAUCUCCGGUCUCUUACCGUCAGCCUACUGGUGCGGCCAGGCGGCCGUGGACAUCCCCUUCUACUACAUCAUCCUGUCCUCCAUGAACAUCAUCCUCUUCUCCUUCCACUCUGGAAACCUGCUGGGGCCCAGCCACCUCACCUCUGUGGUCCUCUGCACCAUCGGCUUCGGUCCGGCCAUGAUCCUCUUCACCUACGUGGUUUCCUUUGGGUUCACUCGAGUCCAGAGCAACAGGGACUUCUUCUCUUUCAUCUCCAUGAUGGUGUGUGUGGUGUCCGCCUCCAUCGUUCAGUUGUCGUUUGUGAACGAUAAUCCCGAGCUGACGAGGAUCCUGCACAACGCCCUGUGUCUGCUCAACCCUCUGUACCCGCUGAUGGGCUGCCUGAACUGCAUCACGAAGGCGACCUUCCUGCCGACGCUGUACGAGGAGAACUUCUUAUGGAAAAGUCUGCUCAUUUCAGUUGUAGCUCCGUACCUGCAGUGCAUCCUUCUGCUCUUCCUGCUCCGGUGGCUGGAGAUCCGUCACGGAGGGCGGGCGCUGAAGAGCGACCAGCUCUGCAGGAGCUCGACAAAACCCAGACCCAAAGCAGAGCGGGUCCUUGAGGAAGAACUGAACGAGGAUGAGGAUGUUCAGAUAGAGAAGGCCCGCGUGAAGGAGGCGCUCAGCUGUCAGUCCUGUGAAGAGAAGCCGGCUGUGGUGGUGAGUCACCUGAGGAAGCAGUACACUGGCAGGAAAGAAGGCUUUUCUUUUGGCAAGAAGACUAAAGUGGCCGCAAAGAACAUUUCUUUCUGUGUCCGCAAAGGGGAGGUCCUCGGACUGCUGGGCCCCAACGGAGCAGGAAAGAGCACCGUCAUGCACAUGCUGUCAGGUGACACCGAGCCCACAGCAGGACAGAUUCUGAUGGGAGACUACAGCACCGAGUUCAGUCCGGUGGACAGUCCUCUGGACCAUGUGGGGUAUUGUCCUCAGGUCAACCCUCUGUGGCCCCGGGUCACUCUGCAGGAACACCUGGAGAUCUACGCCGCCAUCAAGGGUCUGAAAGGACACGACGUCCCCGACAUCAUCAAACGAGUGUCAAACGCUCUGGAGCUGAAGGAUCAUUUGAACAAACAGACAAAGACUCUCUCAGCUGGACUCAAACGGAAGCUGUGUUUUGCUCUCAGUAUGAUCGGGAAUCCUCAGAUCGUUUUACUGGAUGAACCGUCGUCAGGAAUGGAUCCUAAAUCCAAACAGCGCAUGUGGCGGGCCAUGCGUGCUGCGUUCAGGAACCGUCAGAGAGGAGCCAUUCUCACCACACACUACAUGGAGGAGGCCGAGGCCGUCUGCGACCGCGUGGCCAUCAUGGUUUCGGGCCAGCUGAGGUGCAUCGGCUCCAUCCAACACCUGAAGGGGAAGUACGGCCGAGGCUACAGCCUGGAGGUGAAGCUGAGGGAGGAGCUGACGGGCCUCCAGCAGGUGGCGCUGCUGCACACAGAGAUCCUUCGAAUCUUCCCUCACGCUGUCCGGCAGGAGAGCUUCACCACUCUGAUGGUUUAUAAGAUCCCCAUGGAGGACGUCAGGUCUCUGUCCCAGGCCUUCUCCCAGUUAGAGAGUGCCAAACAAACGUUCAACUUUGAGGAGUUCAACUUCUCUCAGUCCACUUUGGAGCAGGUGUUCCUGGAGUUUGCCAAGCAACAGGAGAGUGAUGAGGAGGAGGUGGGUUCUGUCAGCACCACCUUCCAGUGGCAGCGGCUGCAGCAGGAGGCAAACCACGCCGACAGCAUUGUCCAUCAGCUCUGA